UAAAAAACGGAAGUUGGAAGGACACUAACAUUGUGGCUGUGUUGUUAGACCUUAUUCGUUUGAAAUCACAUAAUACCAAGGACGUUUGAAAUGGCGCGGUUGGUAGCCGUGUGCAGAGCAGAUGACUACCAAUUUGAUAGAAGACAGCUACCGCUAGUCGUUGAUGACAACUUAAAGAUGGUUGUACAGUUCAGUGACAAUUGUGUUGACUGUGAAAAUGUUCGAGGAAUUAAGAGAAAAGAACUGGAACAUUUUGUUCAGCGAUUUAGCAUGCUGUCCAAGGAUGAGGUAGCUGUACAGAUGAUGGUUACGAGUCAAGACAUCAUGAACAUGUUAGCACACAUGGUGCCCUGUGUGGGUUGUAGAAGAAGUGUGGAAAGGUUAUUUAGCCAACUAGUGGAAGGUCAACAUUCAGCAUUAGAACCUCUCAUCAUUACAAGGAAAGGGGUUCUGUCUGUUAACAGAGAGUUUCUGUUUGAUCCCAAGGCAUUAUAUGCAUUAUUUUAUAUUCAUGGUGCAAAGCUUAAUUCCAUGAUGGAUUCCAUUCCCAAGAGCAAGAAAAAUAAGCGUUGUAAUCUCCACUCUUUGGAAACCCACAAGAAUCGAACAACGGGGAGCUGGAUUGACAUCUGGGAUUUAUUAGCUCAGGAAUGUCGAGAGGAGGUUGUUUUAGUGGAUGCUGAGAGCUUAUUGGAGACUUUGGAAAACUACCUGAGAAAACAUAGGUUUUGCUCUGAGUGUAAGGCCAAAGUCCUGCGUGCCUACAGUAUUUUGGUGGGUGAUUUGGACUGUAACACUGAGAAGGGAUACUGUGCAGUGUUGUAUGAAGGACUGCGAUGCUGUCCCCAGGAGAGGCACAUCCAUAUGCAGUGUGAUACCGAUUUUAUUGCUCAUCUCAUCGGCAGAGCCGAGCCAGAACUAGCAGGAGGGAGUAGAAGGGACAGGCAUGCGAAGACCCUGGAUAUAGCUCAGGAGGAGGUCCUGACAUGUUUAGGAAUCCAUAUUUACGAGAGACUCCAUCGCAUCUGGCAGAAACUUAAAGCAGAGGAGCAAACUUGGCAGAUCCUGUUUUAUCUUGGUGUUGAUGCACUGAAGAAAAGUUUUGAGAUGGCAAUGGAAAGGAAACAAGGAAUCUCCAAUCUGGAGCUUAUCUGUGAGGAGCUUUUAGAAGAAGAGAGAGCAAAGGAACAGAAGAGAGAGCAGAAACGACAAAAAAGAAAGAAGAAGAAGGCCAAGUCAUCACAGAUUGUGGAUCCGACUGAAACACAGAGUGAGGAACCUCCAGCUCUGUGUGAGUGUGAUAAAAACCAGUCCAUUAGUAAUGAUAAAGGGACUCACAAGUCAUGCUCAGAGAAUUGUGGGGUGUAUGGUGAUCAAAAUUCCAAUACUACAUUGGCUUCCAUGGAGAGUUGUAGAACUGCAGUAACACCAGAGAGACAGAUGAAGAAUGGCAGUAUGAACAGUGAUUGUGGGUAUUCUUCUGAUGUAGAAGGCUGUGAAUGUAGUAUGCCAAGUUCUAAUGAAGGCUCAGAUAUUCUCUGUGAUGGCAGGUGCAGUAGUCAUGAUGGUGGAGACAGUGUUUGUGAGUCAUUGAUUGACAGGUGUCACACUUGUUCCAAUUCUGUGUGUCAUGGUCCUCCAAAGAAACAGGACCAUAGUCUUUGUACACAUAAACCUAAAAAUGAUUCAUCAGCUCUAAGUGUGAACUGUAAAUGUGCCAAUGGUAGUCCAUCCUUUGUCCAGAUGAGUCUCCAGGACAUGUUAGAGGCUCCCUGUACCUCUGAUGAUGAAGAUUUCAUUUCGGAAGAAGAAAUUCAGCUGUUCAAGGCCAAUCAAUCUAACCUCCUACUGAAACGUCAAGAAUUGCGAGAAACGUUGCGGAAACGAUUUGACACGCUCCAACAGCAGAGAUCACCAGACAUGUCUAGUCUUGAUAACGUCAUGCAGAAAAUGUGUAACCUCUAGAACAACAGCAUUGCCAUGCUACGUCUGUGAUCAGCUUUAAGGCUUUCCCAUAUACGUUUGAUUUUUAUUUCUGAGUUUGUUCAGAACACAUGCAUUAAGAGCUAUUUCAGAAAGUACUCUUUCACAUUUUUUUUCUUGAUUCCUACAAAUUAUAUUGUCAGGGUUUUUCUGCUGCACAAUGAAAGUGAUUUUGUGCUUUUUGUAAAGCUAACAUAAGAAAACUCUUUGCAAAGACUGGCCAAGCUUUUAAAACAGUGCAUUACACAUUUUGGAAUUCAUGUUCAAGCCCUGUUUUAAGAUUACCAUUUGCUCUCUUACUUUAAGACCUUGAUCAUUGUAGCACAUUAUUUAGGAACCUGAUUUUAAAAUGUCUGUUUCAAGGGGAAAACACUCUUUCUUAUGGGUAUAUUAAGGAGUCAGUUAAUUAGAAUAUUUUAGAAAGAAAGGGUCAUUCCUAGGAAUUCAUGACAAAACCAUUUCACAAAUGUUAAUUCCUUGUUUGAAGUGCUUCUUUGACAUUAAGUCCAAGUCUAUUGUUGAAUAGUUUGGAGCCAAUUCAUGCAUUAUGUAUUGGUUCAAGAGGAUGGGGUUUUUAUUCUGUGAUAAAAACUUGGUACAUGUAGAUUACAAUUAUACAAUGUAGAUAUUAUUUAUUUGAAUUUAUUAGUAUAUUUAAAUAAUCCAUUGGAUUUGAAAGUUAAUGAAGAAAACAAAAAUGACACAUGAUUGUUUUUUCUUCUCUAAGCUUCAUGAUACUGUAAACCAAUUGUGUUGCUGAUUUAAAUCUAUGUGUCUUGAGGUUCAGGAAUUCCUUGCCAAGUUAUCAAGGGUUGCUCUGAAAAACUAUCAAGAGAUACAGAAUAAUGUUGAAUGUUUUCAUGAAACAGUGAAACCAGUGCAGUUUUAUGAGUGUUGUUUUUUUUUCUCUGACAGCAAUAAUUGUAAUUUGUUUUUCUUGUCAAUGUCAUAGAGCUAUAUGUUAAUGAAGAUCAAGAUGCCUAAGCUUGACAAUGGAAUACAAGUAAAUGAUGAAAUAUAUUUAUGUAUCAUUUAUUUUUCAUUGUCUGGUUUAGUUUUUUUAUUUGACACUGCUGCAUGGUUAGAAUAAAAUUUUCAAAUAUGAAUUUUGUUCUAAACAGUUUUAUUAUAUGGCUUGGCAUAUCAUCGGAAGCAUUCAAUUUUAUUGCUUUAUUUCCCUGUAUCAUUAUUGUACAUGUAAGAUGGAAGGGGGAAGCACAAGUUGGUUCACAGUAUUGUAAAGGAUAUAUAUAAUGAAGACAUAUGUACCUGUACUAAAAACAGCAAUAAAAUGGGCAAUUAAUGACACAUACAGAUGAACUGUUAUACAUGUAUAUGUUAAUGUAGACAGGGCUGAUGGUUGAUGGAAGGAGUUGAUGAAAUUAACAUACCUUAUUAUUGUAAUGGUUCAUUUGAACUGUGAGGUGAUCAUUUUGUUGAAUAAACUUUUUAUUUGCAUAUGAAA